GUGCGAUACGUAGAACGUCUAACGGUUAACUGCGCGGGGGGUGGAGCAGUGCGACAGUGGCGGCUGUGAGCGUUUUGUGUGGCCCGUAGCGACCACUAGUGGCGCGUCGCGGACACUGCUGUAGCGAGUGGCCGCCACCGGCUACACGUGUGCGGCGCGUCUAUACAAAAUAUAUGAAAAAGUAUGUUAUGUGGCUGUCGCUGGCCACCAGUGGCUGUGGUCGGUGGCCCGUUUGCGCGGAGCCUUAGGGCCGCCGUACACGGACUGCUCGAGCAGUUAGCGGCUGAGUGAAAUACACGGACCGCUCGAGCGGUCGGCGUCGACUGCUUGAGCUGUCGGUUGUUGACUGCUCGAGCUACGACCCAACUGCUCGAGCAGUUGAUUUUCUACCACAGUCGAGUCAUGGAUUCUGACGAGGAAGCACUGCUUUUGCUGCUCCUGCUCAGGCGGAGACGACGGCGGCGACGUCAAAAGAGAAAAUUUUGGGUUCAUCCAAUUUUGCAAUUAAGAGAACAACGUGGACAAUAGGCCUGUUGACAAAAUUUGGAAAUAUGUUUAAAACUAUAGUUUAGUAUCUAUUUUACCCCAAAAAUAUAAUAUUUUUAUAAAAAUAUGCGUUUUACGUAUUUAUUUUGCGUUUAUAAAAAUUAAUUUCAAAUUGACAUUUGAAAAGGCCAAGACUGUCAUGGCCUCUUGAAUGACGUCACACCUCGCGAAACAUUGGAGUUUGUAUAUGUUAGUCAAGGAGAUUUUUUAACAAAUAAUGCAUUCCUCUUAUUAUAAAUACUGUGUAGUGCCCCAGUGUAAAAGUACAACUAUAAAAACGCCAAACAAAUUAUUCAUAUACGUUCCAAACAAUAAACAAAUACGAAGAAAGUGGUUAGAAAUGGCAAGGAGGCAAGAUGCUCAUAGUUUAUCAACUAAUUCAACAAUUUAUUUCUGUGAAGAUCAUUUUGAUGUAAGUAUAAAACAACUCGAUGUGUCUAACCGUAAAUAUAAAAUAAAUGUUAUGAAUUUUGCAAAAUAUACCAUGAAGGUAAACAUAACCAAUAAAACGUUAUGACAUGAGUGAGUAAUUUUGUUUUUUUUAGGAGUAAAAACAUUAUUUUUGUUUUAUGCCUAUAUGAUGUAAUAUUAUACUAUUUCUAUAUUGUUUUAGUUGCCAAACGAUAUGAAUAACUAUACUGAGUAUCAUAUUAUGGGAAAGGUAUCACAAGUGCGCAUGAAACCAGGUUGUAUACCAAAGAAGUUCGAAUGCCAAGAAGAGAGAAGUAAACGGACAUGCAGUGACAUGGAACAAUCACUUAUUUUGAAAAAACAAAGGUUUUCAAUAAUCACAGAGUGUUUGAAUGAACCAGAACAAAGUUCAUCUGUCAAGGAUACUUCUGAUACAAGUUCAGAUUUUCAAAUAGUUCGAAAGAAUGUACCUGAAACUCUGUGUAAACUGACAGCCGAUAAAUCUGUUCAAGCCAUACUAACAUACAAAUUCAGAAGUAAAGCUGUCCAGACUAAACUAAAAUCAACAGAAAAGGCAUUAUCACCUUUAAAACCAUCAUACAAAUCUAUUUCCACAUCCCCGUUCAAACAGGAGACCAUUAAAAAAUCAAGUCCUUCUACAUCCGGCCUCUGCAAAGUUGCAAGAAGUUUAUUUAUUGAAUCAGAGCACUCUGAGAGUGAUAUUUCUUUAUAUGAACCAUCUACAUCUACGACCAGCUGCUCGCCCAUGCAUUUAUUGCAAGUUAAAUCUUCAUCUGACUGUAGUGAAUUUACUGAAGAGGACAAGAAGCUAGAAGCAAAAGAAACCAUAUCUAAUACAAUAAAAAAAAUUGAGAAAAAACCUAGAUUGUACAUUGGUGUUCCAAUCAAGUGUUACUAUUUGAUUGACAUUAUAAAAGAUGAAAUAAAUAUUCCCAAACAUCAUUUAUUAUUUUGUUUAAAUAAAAUAAGAUUGGAUAGUACAUUUUAUCAACUGUCAGAUGAUUAUGCAAUGUCUCCAUCAUAUUUAAGCAAGAUAUUUUCAAAAAAUGUACCAUUAAUAGCCAGUGUAAUGAGGCCUUUCAUUGUGUCACUAGAUAGUGAAAUGAUUAAAAAAAGACUACCUAUGGCAUUCAGGCACAAAUAUAAUAAUGUAAGUUGCAUUAUAGACUGCCUUGAAAUUGAAAUAGAAAAACCAUCUAAAGCAACAAACCAAGCAUUAACCUGGUCAGAUUACAAAAAAGCUAACACAAUAAAAUAUUUAAUAUCCUGUACACCAAAUGGAUUAGUGAACUAUAUUUCUCCAGGAUUUGGAGGCAGAACAACCGACACUUGUUUAGUUGAAUCCUGUGACUUUGUUCAAACAUUAAAAAGUGGUAUGUUCGUUAUGGCAGACAGAGGCUUCAAACAUGUAGAACAAUAUCUAAAAAAAGCUGGUAUUACACUAGUAAGACCUCUUAGUGUCGAAACAGGAGUAAAGAUGAGUAAAACUGAAGCGAAACUAACUAAGCAAGUAGCUAGCUUAAGGAUACACAUAGAGCGAGUUAUUCGGCGUUUACGUGAAUUUUGUAUGCUUAAACCACAUGCAUGUAUUAAUUUUAAAUAUGUAAAAAUACUUGACGAGAUAAUAAUCAUAGCAUGUGCCUUAAUUAAUAUACAAGAUUCUUUAAUAAAAUAAAAUAAAUGAAAAUCAA